AGUUGUUGUUUUCUUUUGAUCAUCUCGUUCGUAUUCAUGUCUCGUGCUGCCUCUAACGUGUGCCCUUCCAAUCUUGUUCCUGUACCGAGGGCGGCAACGAAGGGAAGUGAUGAUAGGGUUCAGGUUCGUGUUGGUGUUCUCGCUCUACAGGGGGCAUUCUCAGAGCACUGCAUCGUGCUGAGUAAGCUCGAUAUCAAAGGAGUAACCAUCACUCCAUGCGAGGUUCGUACUGUUGCCGAGUUGAACGCCUGUGAUGGUAUCAUCAUACCCGGUGGCGAGUCAACAGCUAUGAAAAUAAUUUCUGACGGUGGAGAAGAUGAUAUCAUUGAGGGAUUGAGGCACUUUGCCCUUUCUGGGCGUCCCGUCUGGGGUACCUGCGCUGGUACCAUCCUCCUAGCCAAGACUGUUUGCCAGAGUAGUAGGAAUGCCUCUGGUGCAAUAGUGGAGCACACUGAAUGCAAGUACGGUAACCCCAUCGGCGUUAUGGACAUCAAAGUGUCCCGCAACUACUUCGGCCGUCAGUUGAAUUCUUUCGAGGCGACCAUUGAUCAGGGCUGCGUGUUUGCUGAUGUUCCUGCUGUUUUCAUCCGAGCACCGGCAAUCCUCGAUGUGGACUCUGAGAAGGUGACUGUAUUAGGCACUAUUCAUCAUCCGUCAUUCGAGGGUCCUAUGAUAUGUGCGGCCAAGGAGGAUAACAUUCUGGUGACAUGCUUCCAUCCUGAGCUCACUGAUGAUCAUACUGUACACUCAUACUUCCUGCGAGAGUUCAUCGUACCCUACGUUAUGAGAAACCAGCAGUAGACGCGGUAAUUCUUAGGCUCUGUCUCAGCUACUUGUUUGCCGAAGACCGUCUCUCGAUUGCUGUGUGAUACUAGGUUACUCUCAUAUA